CGGCGCGCCAUGGAGCUCUCCCCGUCCUCCGCCGGGGCCGGCGACGCGUUGUCCUGGCCGGACGUGUACUCGGGACUCGACUCGGACUCGCCCCUGCCCCCGGAUGAGCUGGACUCGGGCGUCCCCCUCAGUAGUGCGGUGGCCGGAGGCAUGCUGGAUCGGAUCCUGCUGGAAUCAGUGUGCCAGCAGCAGAGCUGGGUCCGGGUGUACGAUGUGAAAGGACCACCCACUCACCGUUUGUCAUGUGGCCAGUCACCCUAUACUGAAACAACAACAUGGGAGCGGAAGUAUUGCAUCCUCACAGAUAGCCAGUUGGUAUUGCUCAACAAAGAAAAGGAGAUACCAUUGGAGGGGGGACAGGACCAGCAGACAGAUUCUACCAAAGGGAGAUGCCUACGGAGAACUGUCAGUGUCCCCUCGGAGGGUCAGUUCCCUGAAUACCCACCAGAUGGCGCAGCCAAACUGGAGGUGCCAGCAGAAAGGUCCCCACGAAGACGGAGCAUCUCAGGGACCAGCACAUCAGAGAAACCCAAUUCCAUGGAUGCUGCAAAUACUUCACCAUUCAAAGUACCAGGAUUCUUCAGCAAACGCUUGAAAGGCUCUAUAAAGAGGACCAAAAGCCAAUCAAAACUUGACAGGAACACAAGUUUCCGGCUCCCAUCACUUCGCAACACAGAUGACAGGUCUCGUGGACUACCCAAGCUAAAAGAAUCUCGUUCCCAUGAAUCUUUGCUCAGCCCGUGCAGUGCUGUAGAAUGUCUGGACCUUGGCAGAGGAGAGCCAGUAUCAGUCAAACCACUGCAUAGCAGCAUCCUUGGGCAGGACUUCUGCUUUGAGGUUACCUACUUGAGUGGAAGUAAAUGUUUUAGCUGUAAUUCAGCUUCAGAGAGAGACAAGUGGAUGGAAAAUCUACGCCGGACAGUACAACCCAAUAAGGACAAUUGUAGAAGGGCUGACAAUGUUUUACGGUUGUGGAUUAUUGAAGCCAAGGACCUGGCCCCCAAAAAGAAGUAUUUCUGUGAGCUGUGCCUUGAUGAUACUCUUUUUGCUCGAACAACUAGCAAGACCAAAGCAGACAAUAUUUUCUGGGGUGAACAUUUUGAAUUCUAUAGCCUUCCCCCUCUCCAUAGUAUCACAGUUCACAUUUAUAAGGACAUGGAAAAAAAGAGAAAAAAGGACAAGAAUAAUUAUGUCGGACUCGUCAACAUACCCACAGCCAGUGUGACUGGCCGCCAGUUUGUGGAGAAAUGGUACCCUGUGAGCACACCUACACCCAACAAAGGAAAGACUGGAGGCCCUUCCAUUCGGAUUAAGUCACGUUUCCAGACUAUCACCAUUCUACCUAUGGAGCAGUAUAAAGAAUUUGCCGAAUUUGUUACCAGCAACUACACCAUGUUGUGCUCUGUCCUAGAACCUGUGAUUAGUGUGCGGAACAAAGAAGAGCUGGCUUGUGCCUUGGUGCACAUUCUUCAGAGUACUGGCAGGGCCAGGGAUUUUCUGACAGAUCUGGUGAUGUCUGAGGUGGAUCGGUGUGGAGAACAUGAUGUAUUGAUCUUCAGGGAGAACACAAUUGCCACCAAAUCCAUUGAGGAAUAUCUCAAGUUGGUGGGACAGCAAUAUCUCCAUGAUGCGCUCGGGGAGUUCAUCAAGGCUCUGUAUGAGUCAGAUGAGAAUUGUGAAGUGGAUCCCAGCAAAUGUUCAUCCAGUGAACUAUUUGACCACCAAAGUAACCUGAAAAUGUGCUGUGAGCUGGCUUUUUGCAAAAUCAUCAACUCUUACUGUGUUUUCCCCCGUGAACUGAAAGAAGUGUUUGCAUCAUGGAAGCAACAGUGCCUAAACAGAGGCAAGCCAGACCUCAGCGAGCGUCUCAUCAGUGCUUCGUUGUUCCUCCGCUUCCUGUGCCCAGCUAUCAUGUCCCCCAGUCUCUUCAGCCUUAUGCAGGAGUAUCCUGAUGACCGGACAGCUAGGACUUUAACACUGAUUGCCAAGGUUAUUCAGAACCUUGCAAAUUUUGCAAAGUUUGGUAACAAAGAGGAAUACAUGGCUUUCAUGAAUGAUUUCUUAGAGCAUGAGUGGAGUGGAAUGAAGCGCUUUCUUCUGGAAAUUUCUAACCCAGACACCAUCUCAAAUACCCCUGGCUUUGAUGGCUACAUUGAUCUGGGCAGAGAGCUUUCUGUUUUGCAUUCUUUAUUAUGGGAAGUUGUUUCCCAACUUGAUAAGGCGACUGUGGCAAAAUUGGGACCACUUCCUCGUGUACUUGCUGAUAUUACCAAGUCACUAACUAAUCCUACACCAAUACAGCAGCAACUGAGACGCUUCACUGAACAUAAUUCCAGCCCAAAUGUCAGUGGCAGUCUCUCCUCAGGGCUGCAGAAGAUAUUUGAGGACCCCACUGACAGUGAUUUACACAAAUCAAAGUCCCCAACCCAGGAAAACACAGAUAGUUAUUUUAGAGGUAAAACAUUACUAUUGGUUCAGCAAGCAUCCUCCCAAAGCAUGACUUAUUCAGAAAAAGAUGAAAAGGAAAAUGGACUUCCUAAUGGAAGGAGUAUUUCACUUAUGGAUCUUCAGGACCCCCAUGCUGCUCAAAUGGACCAUUCAUCCAUUAUGCUGGAUGUGCCCAUGCGUUUGACCGGCAGUCAACUUUCCAUAACCCAAGUGGCCAGUAUCAAACAGCUCCGAGAGACACAGAGUACCCCCCAGAGCGCACCCCAAGUGAGGAGACCUUUGCAUCCCGCCUUGAGUCAGCCAGGCAGCCUCCAGCCCCUGUCCUUCCAGAACCCAGUGUAUCACCUCAACAAUCCCACCCCAUCCAUGCCAAAGGCCUCUGUGGAUUCCAGUUUGGAGAACUUAAGCACUGCCAGCUCCAGAAGCCAAAGCAAUAGUGAAGAUUUCAAACUCAGCGGACCCAGCAACAGCAGCCUGGAAGACUUCGCCAAACGCAGCACCCAGAGCGAAGACUUUUCUCGGAGGCACACGGGGCCAGACAGACACAUACCUCUGGCCCUUCCACGGCAGAACAGUACCGGGCAAGCGCAGAUCCGCAAGCUGGACCAGGCCGGGCUGGGCGCCCGGGCCAAAGCCCCCCAGUCCUUGCCCCACAGCGCUUCCUUAAGGAGCACAGGAAGCAUGUCGGUAGCUUCUGCGGCCCUCAUGGCCGAGCCCGUGCAGAAUGGAAGCCGGUCCCGGCAGCAAUCCUCCUCCUCCAGAGAAAGUCCCGUCCCCAAAGUGAGAGCGAUCCAGCGGCAGCAGGUGCAGCCGGUUCAGUCACCUGUAGACUCUGCCACAAUGUCUCCAGUGGAGAGAACGGCAGCCUGGGUUCUGAAUAAUGGGCAAUACGAAGAAGACGAAGAAGAUGCUGAGCAAAAUCAAGAUGAUGUCAAGCAUGCAGAAAAGUACGAACAAGAGAUUGCCAAACUGAAAGAGCGCCUGAAAGUGUCCAGCCGAAGACUGGAGGAGUACGAGCGACGGCUCCUGGUGCAGGAGCAGCAAAUGCAGAAGCUCCUGAUGGAGUACAAAGCCAGGCUGGAGGACAGUGAGGAGCGUCUGCGCAGGCAGCAGGAGGAGAAGGACAGUCAGAUGAAGAGCAUCAUCAGCAGGCUGAUGGCUGUUGAAGAGGAGUUAAAGAAAGAUCAUGCUGAGAUGCAGGCAGUUAUUGAUGCAAAGCAGAAAAUCAUCGACGCACAGGAAAAGCGGAUCGUAUCCCUGGAUUCAGCCAAUACACGGCUGAUGAGUGCCCUAACCCAGGUGAAGGAGCGCUACAGCAUGCAGGUCCGCAAUGGCAUCUCGCCCACCAACCCCACCAAGCUUUCCAUCACGGAGAAUGGUGAAUUCAAAAACAGCAGCUGCUGACCAGCUCCUCUGAAGAGACAAUGGAGAUGGAAAGAAACCGUAUUGGAAAAUCCAAACCCAUCCCUCUGUUCCCAGCCCUUUGCCCUGCCCCUCCAGGUUUACAGAAUGCUGCUAAGUUGGAAUGGCAACAUAGAGGAACUAUUGAGUGGUGAAAGAAACCCUCUCCUUCAGGGCACAAGACUGUGACUCCAAAGUCAAUGCUCUCCCCCAUAUCUCUUUGUACAUAAAGAACUCAGUUCUGGGCCAUGUACAGAAAUUGCCACUGUAAUAUACCAAAAGGAAGUUAAUAAUGUAGAUUACCUUUUUAAUUAUUGCUAUUUUUAUUAUUGUUGUUUUUCUCUUGUUAAAAGCACUGCAGUUGGUGGAGAAGGAAAAAUAGGAAUUAUAUGUGAGUGAGGAAAUGAGCCUGUAGGUUUAGUAGAAAGAAACGACAUCUGACUGAAAAAAGCCCAUGGACUAUAGCAACGGCUUGGCAGAAUUCACUUUUUUAAGAGGUUGUUCUGUGGGUUUAAAAACAAUCUUUGAUUUGUUUAAAAAAAGCAAAACAAAAUAAAACAGCAAGACCCAAUCAAAAGAAAUAGAUACCAGUGGUUACCUAAGAUUGGAUUUGGCCUGUCCACUAUUACAAGGUGCAGAGGCCAAAAGUUACUGCAGUAUCGUUGGAUUUUGGGGAUAAUAUCUAGGUUCCUAUCAGUCAAUGUAUUUCCUUCUCUCUAGGGCUGAUUUUCUCUUUAGUAGAUGAAAGGGAAUAUCAAGUUUUAAAUAGGGGAUUUUUUUUUACCCCAGUUGUAAUAAAGGGUAUUUUUUCCUUUUUAGAGUUUACAAAACUGUAAAUAUUUGUCUCUAAAUGCCAUCCUGCAUCUUUGUAUACUUCAGUAUCCUCUCCUCACCCAUAAUGGGAACAAUCAUACCAAAAAGGAUAUAUUCACCAUUAUCUAAGUCAUCCAAAUCUGUUAUCCAUAUUCCAUCUGGAAAAAAAUAAGCAGAUUUAUUGUUUCUGCCCUCUUACCGCAUCCCCCCACCCCCAAAAGGGCUAACUAAACAACAUCAAGACACCCUAUAUAAUGGCUAAUUUUCAAAUAUUAUCAUAAAUACUUUUCUACCUUUUAAAAUCAUUAUGUUUAUUCGGAUUUAGAUUUUAUCUAUUGAAGUGACAAACUGG